AUGUCCUUGUUGCGGGAAGCUGAGAAAUGUAUCACUAACCAAAGGUCACACGCCGCUCUCAAUGCCUUCAUAACCACUGUGCAGCAUUCAGGACCAUGGCGAGAACAAGUGAGAGAUGCAGAAGUUAGGAGAGAGUCGGGGAAAUCAAAAUCAGAGGUCGAUGGUCGCUUGAUUGCCUUCAAAGACAAUAUUUGCACACGCGAUUUUCCGACAACAUGUGCCUCCGGGAUUCUAGCCAAAUUCGCCAGUCCAUUCAAUGCGACCGUGGUGGAACAGCUGUCGGAAGCCGGCGCUAUAGUAGCUGGUAAGACGAACUUGGAUGAAUUUGGGAUGGGUUCUCAUUCUCUCAAUUCGUGGUUCGGCCCCGUCAAAAAUCAGCGUCAGUACCAGGAAGGACGAAUCCUCUCAGCUGGUGGAAGUUCUGGUGGAAGCGCCGUCUCCGUUGCUACAGAUCAAUGCUAUGCGGCUCUUGGAACAGACACUGGUGGUUCGGUUCGACUUCCAGCUGCCUACACGGGCACAGUCGGCUUUAAGCCGUCUUAUGGAUUGGUCUCGAGAUGGGGGGUCGUGGCAUACGCUAACUCACUGGAUACUGUUGGCAUCCUGGCCAAAAAUGCCUCGACGGCUCGCGAUGUAUUCCCUUCGCACCUCCAGCAACCCGCUCUGUUGUCUAGAAUGACCUCGUCUCUGAGGAUCGGCGUUCCUAUUGAGUACAACAUAUCGGAACUCUCUCCAUCGGUCCGACGCGCCUGGGCUCUCUCGAUAGCUUUCCUGAGAGAGCAGGGUCAUACAAUUCACCCCGUCUCACUCCCCACAACAAAACUAGCUCUCUCAGCAUAUUACGUCCUUGCCCCAGCCGAAGCAUCCUCAAACCUCGCCAAAUAUGACGGCAUCAGAUACGGUUCCCGCUGCGACGGUCCGGAUUCUGGUGGACAGCCUGACAGCUAUCUAUAUGCCAAAACUAGAGGGGACGGGUUCGGUCCCGAAGUGAAGAGGCGUAUCCUACUCGGCGCCUUCAGUCUGAGCGCCGAUGCCAUAAAUAAUUACUUUAUUCAGGCGCAGCGCGUCCGCAGACUUGUCCAGCGCGAUUUCAAUGCUGUCUUUAGAGCAGAGCAACCGAUGGCCCCUUCGCGCCUCAAAGGAGAUGCUGAGUUGAAAUCAAAACAGGCAGAGGUCGAUGUCCUGAUCUGCCCUACCGCCCCUUCAUGUCCUCCACAGUUGGCAGAUCUGGUUGAAACAGAUUCCAUUUUCUCGUCGCUGAACGCAUACACGAAUGAUGUGUUCACAGUGCCUGCAAGCCUGGCUGGUUUGCCAGCUGCGUCUGUUCCAGUCAGUGUUGACUGUUGGGAUGAAGGUUCUAGCGAUGCUGAUCUUGCUGGAAUUCAAAUCAUCGGACAAUACGGGGACGAUGAGCUUGUCCUUAAAGUGUCAGAGAUAUUGGAAGGCAAAAAAUUUUGA